UCUUCCUCGCGGCAGGGCCCGGCCUCCGGUGGCUUCCGGUGUGGCGGUCAGCGAUGACGGAGCCAGGCGCCUCGCCCGAGGACCCCUGGGUCAAGGGUCGGAGGUCUGAUGGACUUCUCCCUUGCUCGGUGCCGCAGGUGGAGUACGCUUACAGCGACAACAGCCUGGACCCGGGGCUUUUUGUAGAAAGCGCCCGCAAGGGGAGUGUAGUGUCCAGAGCUAAUAGCAUCGGCUCCACCAGUGCCUCUUCCGUCCCCAACACAGAUGACGAGGACAGUGAUUACCACCAGGAGUCCUACAAAGAAUCCUAUAAGGACCGGCGGCGGCGAGCACACACUCAGGCUGAGCAGAAGAGGAGGGACGCUAUCAAGAGAGGCUACGAUGACCUUCAGACCAUUGUCCCCACCUGCCAGCAGCAGGACUUCUCCAUCGGUUCCCAGAAGCUCAGCAAAGCCAUUGUUCUACAGAAGACCAUUGACUACAUCCAGUUUUUACACAAGGAGAAGAAAAAGCAGGAGGAGGAGGUGUCCACGCUACGCAAGGACGUCAUGGCCCUAAAGAUCAUGAAAGUGAACUAUGAACAGAUUGUGAAGGCACACCAGGACAACCCCCAUGAGGGGGAGGAUCAGGUCUCCGACCAGGUCAAGUUCAACGUGUUUCAGGGCAUCAUGGACUCCCUGUUCCAGUCCUUCAAUGCAUCUAUCUCCGUGGCCAGCUUCCAGGAGCUGUCGGCCUGUGUCUUCAGCUGGAUCGAGGAGCACUGUAAGCCUCAGACCCUACGGGAGAUCGUGAUAGGCGUCCUGCACCAACUGAAGAACCAGCUUUACUGACCGGCUCUUGGAACCCGCAGAACAGCCAACAAGAGGCCCCUGAGCCUUGCACUUUGAGUACAGAGCCGCAGGGCUGAGGAGAUCGGACUGAGAUGCCCACUGCACGCCGUCAGCUGGUUCAUCCUGGGUGUUUGCUUCCCCAGCCUCCUAUCCUCAGUGGGGCUGGGUGUCUGUUUUGUGAAAACUCCUAAUUAAUUUAUUAUAUUGACCAUAAAACUCAAACCUACCCAGUCACCCCCCCUCCCCAUAGAAGUUCUAGGGAUAGAGGUCUGCUCUGGGCACCCCAAAGAGCUCCUGGCCUUUCCUCUUUUUCUAAGCCUCAGAUUUCUGCUCAUGAUCAACACGUUUGGGAAAUCCUGCCUGCCGUGUUGAUCCCUUGGACAACAUGUGACCCAAGUUUGACCGUUUUGGCAGUAGUUGGGAGGGUGGAAAGGGGUAAGAAGAAAUAUUCCCCCAGAACCAAAGAGCGAAAGGCUGCCUCAUGCGUAGGUUAGGGCUGCCUGGUCAGCCCAAGGUGAGGCCACAACUUUCUGGCCAGCUCAGGGCAGGGCUGCCAGGUUCCUGCCCUUACCUCCUACUCUAUGGCCCCUUCCUCUGCCAUAGGCAGUAGAGGGAAGCAACCUGCCUACCUACUCCGGCCCUUUCCCCACAGGCAGCAGCACUGCACGGCAGUCACGUGUGACACAGCAUCACAUACUGGUUUUUUAUUUUUGUAAACGUCAACAAUGCAAUUUUGCUAGUUACAACUCUGAAAAAUUAACUGGGCCUCAAAACCACUUACAGCCUUUUGAUCAAGUGUAUCUGGGUCUCUACUACCUCUCAUUUCGCCCAGGUCUUGGGGUGCCAAGAGGGGGUAGAGAAGAUACUCUAAAGGCUUCUUGCGAGAGAGAGUCCAGGGUGAGGCCUCGGGCUACUUGAAUGUUGUGUUGAGUAACCUCUCUCUAUCCUGUUCCUCAGGCUUCCUACUGCCUUCCUCAGGUUUGAUAUCUGGGAGGUUUGAUUAUCCAGAAGUUAAAUAUUUUUAUAUCAAAUUAUGUUACAAUAAAUACCGUCAAAUACUCUCUUAGCAUUGUUCCAAGUUUAAACAUUAAGCUCAAGCACCUAACACAUGAAUGAUGAAAUGGGCAAAUCCACUCAGGACGACCACCCCUCCACCCAGUACUCUAGUGUACGGCCCUCUCCUCGCUGCUCUGCUCACAGGCACAAAGCAGGAACAACAAAAGCUGGCAAGGCAGCCAGUGCAGGAUACCUGUGUUCCCGUACCCCAGUCCUGCCUGAGGGCCGGCUCCUCAGGGGUCUGGGAGCUUGACAUUGUAAUCUUCAUCUGUUUCUAUCCCAACUUCUUCCUACGGGGCAGGGAGACAAGUGAAUGACUUCAAGGCGUGGACAGAGGCAGAGCAGACCCACUUACAGGGAGAGACCCACUUACAAAGAACUGCUUCUUGCUCUUGGGGUAUCCUUCAAGGAUUGCAUCACACAGGUCUGUUGCCUGACAAACAAAACCGCCCCUUUUCAGAUGGGCUGUGCCCAGUUCUGCCUGCCAGCUGUGUGAUAUUGGGCGGCAGCCAUUUCCCAGGACUGCCUGCCUUGGGGCUUCCACACACUUACCAUCCUCUUCCGCUUUCUCCAUUCCUUGCAGUACUUCUGCCUCUCUCUGUACACCUAGACAGGGAGAACAGGUUCCUCUAACCAGCUCAGCCCCACUGCAGCCACUCAGCCCCAGUUCACCCCCAUCCUCCUCUGGUCCUGCACCCUGCCUGACCCCCUCUGUCCCAACUCACUUGUUCUUUCUCUUCCGGAGUCACAUGGUUGGUGGCUGCUUUGAUGUUCUUCAGUCUUUCUGUGUAGCUGGCACAUUCCUUCUUUAACUCCUGGAUCUCUUUCUGCAUCUCCGGUGUGGUCAGCGCGCUAGUCAGCUCUUUCAGCUCUGAAACCACAUCUCCUUAUGGUCACUUGCUACCCCUGAGAAAGGGGUUCUGUCUUUCCCAGUGGCUAUCCCCCCUGAGACAGGAGACCAGGCCUCAGAAUGGGUUCCAUAUUCUAGAAAUGCUCAGGGGAGACGAAACAGUUUUCUCCUCCAUCGACUAGCAGUGUUGGGGUGUGAGGUUGAGCAGACUCAGGAGGAGGCAUUUAAAGAAGCAGGAGUAAAGGGAAGUGUGGGCUCAGCACACUGAUAAUCAUGAUAGGGAAAGCAAAUGCAGGUCUUGCCCAUUUGUGUUCAAAAACUGCAAGACAUGUCUUCUAAUGUGAUGCCUAUUGCAGCCCAGCAAAGGAAUCUUCCUGCAACAAGACAACACUGUGGCUGACAAAGCACUCAUUUAGCAAUUCAUAACCUCCAGACUGACCUGACUGAGGGGCACAUUCCCAGGGUGUCCCAGUCCUACCUGCCUCCAUGUGGCGGCAGCUCUGCUGCAAGCUCUGCACCUUCGCCGUGAGGGCCACGAUCUUAGCGUCCAGACUCUGGAGGUCGGCAUCGCUCACUGUGUCAAACUGGUCCUGCCAGGCAAGUGGAAAAACAGAAGUGGGGUAAUGUGAGGCACAAGUUAGGGACCGACAUCUGGGAAGGCAACAUUUACAUGAGGAAUUUGGGGCUCCCCAAGGAUAUCCACAGGACCCAGGAAAACAGUGGGACAGUACUGCUGAGAAACCAUUCAGUUCAGUACCAAUAAAAAGGUAUAAAAGAAAGGUUGAGACCUGAUGCUUGGCCUCAAGGAGCUUCUAGGUGGACAGGACACUGAAUAGGACAAAAUUACCUUUGAGUUUAGUGCUAAAGCCACUCACUGGGCUGAAGGAGUAAAGAACAUUCUUCUCAAGGUGGCAACACUAAAUUACGGACUUCCAUAGAGGGGAGACUCUGGGCAGGCAACGAGGCAUGGUGGGAGGUGUAGAAGUCUGGGAGCCCUUCCAUGAAGGGCCAGCUAGUAACAGAAAAUGAUCACACUGGGGUCUAAUGGGACCUUGUCAGUUCAUGACAAAGAGUUUAGGUUAGAAAGGACA